CUGAUGUGUCCGUCAUCGUUCAUUCUGCGGCGCGGAGAUUAUGGAGCAGGAACAAAAAAACUCAGCGGAUCUGAUGACUGAUCUCCCUCAUGAUUUUGUCGCAGGAUCAGUUGCAGGAGCUGCGAGCAUGAUUCCAUCUCAUCCUUUAGAUCUCGUUAAGGUACGACAACAGACACUGAAACUCAAGGGUGCUGGCAUUACCUCUUUUUGUGAGAUAGCUAAAAAAGAAGAGUUCAUAAAAGGGCUUUACAAAGGAAUGAGUUUUCCUAUAGUUGGACAAGCUAUAAUCAAUUCAAUAGUUUUUAUGACACAAGGAUUUACAGAGAAGCUUUUAAAGAAAAGCAAAAUGAAGGAUGCUGGUGCUCAAUUCUUAUCUGGAGGAUUUGGGGGAGCAGUACAAUCACUGGUCUGCAGUCCAAUGGAGCUAGUAAAAAUACAAAUGCAAUUAAAGGAUGUUGGUGUGGUAAGAAGUGCUGAUUACAGAAGGUCAACGAUGGAGUUCAAAAAUAUCAAGCGGCAAGGUGGCAUUAUGUGGGGUGUAUACCGUGGCUUUUGGAUUACUACAGUGCGGGAUACUACUGGUUUUGCCUUUUACUUUUGCUCAUAUCAUACGAUAAGAGUACAAGUUUUGAAUACUUUUUAUCAAGAGGAAAAAGAAAGUGGCGAAAUGACAAUUGAAAAACUACCAUGGCAAAUUCUCGGCCUUGCUGGGGGGACAGCCGGCUGCAUAUCCUGGGCUGUAAAUUACCCAGUUGAUGUUUUCAAGACGCUUAUACAAGAAGAUGCCUUAAAAGAAAUGCUAGCUAAGGAAAAGGGAGAGCUAUACCAUAAGGAAUAUACUGGAGCAUACGAUUGUGCCAAAAAAGUCCUUGCUCGAGAUGGAAUAAAAGGCUAUUAUCGUGGGAUGAUAUUUUCCCUAAUAAGAGCUUUUGCUAAUAGCGCUGUGUUAUUGCCAAUACAUACAACACUUUUUAACUAUUUGAAGAACUAACUGCUGAUUUAAACUAUGCUUAGUAAUUAAACCUAGCUUAUAGUAACCUAGCUUAUAGUUUUAGCUUGUAUAAUAUUAGUACCCCAAUUCCUUUUAUUGUGUGCUUAUUAUAAUUAUUACUAAUAAAUUUGAGUAACCUAUAGAAGCAAUAGCAUAUAUCCUAGUCUGGCCCCGCCUCUUUGUUGCACGUACAAGACUAGCCACAUCCUAAAUA